ACCGUCCGCCCCGCCAUAGCUCCCAUGUGUGCUUCAUCCUCUCCCGAACCGCAGGCUGAAUCUUGACCCCUUAACUGCACACACCUGGAUGCUGUAGGCUCCCAAGGCAUUUCACCUAGGCUUUCUCUCUCUUCCGACACUCGAUACCAGACUCUGAGAGACAGACAGCGAAGCCGAAAUGAAAAUGACAAAAGAUGAGAUAGUCGCUUACCAUUGCCAAUCCAGUACUUCCGACGAAUCCUCACUCGACGAGGUGGAAGUGGAGGAGGCAUUCAAGAGAAGGAACCUCCUUGACAACGGAUGGUAAGCUGGGUUGGAACUCAUUUGAACACAACGAUACGCGUGCCGAGCUCUGCGCAGGUUCCUCACGCGAAUACGGCUGGCGACUUUCCAUCGAACACGACUCUCAUCUAAUAAGGUCAGCAAAAGAUCCUACUGCAUGAAGAUAUCGAUGGAGGGAGGUGUCGUGCAGUCCCAAGGAGCCGAAGACAAAUGUUGAUCUUAGCCUGGUCAACCCCGUGAAUCAUACUACAUGGAUGGCCCAAUAUCCUCGGCGGCAGAUGCCAGUAUGAUGCUAGGAGCGCAGAAUAUAACACGUAUCACCUCCGACGGUUGGGAGACAUGCGGCAGCAUGGAUAUGCAGGCCGUUUUGACGAGGCUCUGGGCCACGCCUUCCUUUACGACUAGGUGAGCAAAGAAUCAGAGGGAGGCGCUUGUCCUUGUUCACUUGCCUGCGAGACCGUCCAUCUCUCUCCUCGAGAUCAAUCCUCUCCGCUUUUGUCAGUCUUUCGCAGCCAACUUCACAUCACGAUUACUUGCAUAUUCUCAUCUUUAGUAUUUCAUUCCCAUCUGCUUUCCAUCUUUCUUUGGUCGCCCAACGUCAUGGCCCGGCGAUUUCCUGCAGAAUUGUUGCGCCUGGUGCUGCAUCAUCUCAAGGUUGACCUCUAUGCGAAUUCUUCCAACGCUCUGCUCAAGACGUUGCGGGUUUGCAGGCUCUGGCGUGACAUGGGUUACCAGGUGCUCUAUACCGACAUAUCAAUGACAGCAUUUCAACUCGCAACGUUUGCGAAAUCCUCGCCUAUUGGGCAGACGUUGACUCGGACGCUUAGCAUCACCAUCCCCUGCAACGAUCCCGUACGUUCAACUCCAUACCCCAACGAUUUCGACAUCCCAGACUCCAUUGCCUUGAAGUACACUGAGUAUAUGCAAAAAGCGAUACGCUCCAUACCUCGAAUUGUGCAGGGCAUGUUAAGAUUGGAGAGUUUCAGUGUGGUGGUUCCAACGCGUCCGCCAAAGAACUGGACGCUGAGCAAAGCCGUGCAAAGGGCGAUCCCGGAGAUCCUUCAAGCGUUACCGGACUCGCUGAAGCAUUUGGAAAUUGAUGCUGUCGGUUCUUCUUCCUUUCGGAGAUGCAUGCCAUUCACGCCACACUACUGUCCUUUCUUGAGGGAGAGAAUGUCCUCGUUGUCCAACCUACGUCUCAGGGUCCCUGCAUUAUGUCGAGGGCUUUUUCGAAGGAGCCACCUCGAACACCGAGACGAACCAGAGCCCUCCCCAGGAGAGGGUGCAAUGCAGUGCACUAUACUCAUCAACACCAUGGGUUCCGAUUCCGAUAUUAUUGACCAUACGUUGUAUUUCAGACGUAUGGUAAACGGAUUCCGGAGCAACGGCACUGUUGAGAGGCUCGCUGAGGAUGCCCAAGCUGCCAUUGCCAAAGGUAGAUGUCCAACCCCGGAACGACUGUCGUUCUUUACAAGGUAUCGGGGAAACAAGGAAGGUCCGUUGUUUUCCGCCAUCAAUGAAUUGGUGUUGGCUCCAGUCGUCAGGACGUUAAGAUCUCCAUUCCGCGAAAUACGAGACAGGACUGGAAUCUUUUUACGUUACCGGGAACCUGAUGGUUCGAUGGGGGAAGCCUGGGGGACUUGGAAUUGUCUCAUGGAUACCGCAGAGGGCUCAGUCUGGACCGAGACAGUCGAAGGGUACAGGCUGCCCAGUAUCUAUUUGAAGCAGCAUUCACGGUUUGAUGGGUCUGUGGUCAAAAGGACUUCGUUGCUCAAAAAGAAGCAAGUGGGGCCUCGAGCCCAUGGCGCAUUAUUUGCUAAAGAGCAAGCUGAAGGUCGUCAGCUUCUACGGGUGCAGGAGAUCCAAGGCUUGGAGGUGGGAGACGUGAAGCGGGAUCCUACAAGCAAAGAAGUAGCGAAGGCAAUCGAGGCAGGGAUCAAAAAUCCUGAGUCCGAGUGGACUAACUGGGAGGACCCGGAUGAUGUUGCACUGCUGACUUCUGAAGACGAAGGCUCAGACGAUGCGGCGUCAACAGGGUCGUGGCGCUGGGAUUGACAAUGAGGGCUAGAACGAGAAGGUGGCAGAGACGAGGUAGAUGGGCCGGUGAAGAAUGGCAUUUAAAUGGCUUGAUUCAUACGAAGAAUACGACUGGGGGUAUCUUAUCAGG